CCCGUUCACAAGUCAUGAUGGCGGAACUGUAGACUUCAGGACGAGCAGGAGUGCACCGCCUGUCCUCGUUCAGCAAUUGUACAUAGUUAUUUAUUCAUCCAACCAACUCUUACGUCUCUCCCCACAAUGACCCGCUGGAUUCCCACUAAAAAAGAGAAGUACGGAGUCGCAAUCUACAAUUAUGAUCCGAGUGGAGAGCAGGAGCUGUGUCUACAGGUGGGGGACACGGUGCACAUACUUGAGAAAUUGGAAGGCUGGUAUAGGGGAUACACGCUACGCAAGAAAUCACAGAAGGGCAUUUUCCCAGCAUGCUACAUCCACUUAAAGGAGGCUACAGUUGAAGGAAUAGGCCAGCAGGAAAUAAUUAUUCCAGCAGAUUUACCCCUGGUGCAGGAGCUCGGUGCGACUCUGAGAGAAUGGGCACAGAUAUGGCACAAGCUCUAUGUGGCGAACAAGACAUCCCAGUUCAGGAGUGUUCAGCAGAUGGCCUACAGCCUCAUUGAGUAUCGAUCUCAGAUAGUGUCAGGAACGCUGCCUAAAGAUGACCUUGUGGAGCUCAGAAAGAAAGUCACAGCAAAGAUUGAUUAUGGAAACCGGAUUCUGGGACUUGACCUGGUGGUGCGAGAUGAAGCAGGGAACACACUGGACCCUGACCAGACCAGUACGGUCAGUCUGUUCAGGGCACACGAGACCGCAUCCCGCAGCGUUGAUGACAGGAUUCAAGAGGAGAAGAAGCGGCUACAAAACCUUGAGAUGAGGCGUCAGACCCUGUUCAGUACGAUUCAUACCUACAGUCUGCUCAUGAACCUGAAGAACUUUGUGUGCAACAUCGGAGAAGAUGCUGAGCUGCUCAUGUCUCUGUACGACCCUGACCAGUCCGAGUUCAUCAGCGAGAACUUCCUGGUGCGCUGGGACAGUAUGGGGAUGCCUAAAGAAAUUGAAAAGCUGAACAACUUGCCAGCACUAUUCACGGACCUGAGCAGCAGUGACUUGAUGAGGCAGAGACUCUUCCUGGUGUGUCAGAUCAUCAGAGUGGGCAGCAUGGAGCUCAAAGAGGGCAAGAAACACACCGGAGGACUGAGGAGACCAUUUGGUGUGGCUGUGAUGGACAUUACAGAUAUCGCUCAUGGCAAAACAGACGACGAGGACAAACAGCAUUUCAUCCCUUUUCAGCAGAUAGCUAUGGAAACCUACAUCCGUCAGAGGCAGCUCAUCAUGUCUCCGCUCAUCCCCUCUCGAGUCAUUGGAGAGAAUGAGCCGCUCACCGCCGUCUUCAAUAAAGUGAUCGCAACGCGGGAGGUCAAUCACAAAGGCCAGGGGCUGUUUGUGACCCUGAAGCUCCUCCCUGGGGAUCUGGCCCAGGUCAGGAAGGACUGCCCCCACUUUGUCGACCGCAGCACAGCUAUCGUCAGAAAAAUGGGCUUUCCAGAAAUCAUCCUCCCAGGAAACGUCAGGAAUGAUAUUUACAUAACCUUGCUGCAGGGAGAGUUUGACCGUGGCAAAAAGAAGACGCCGAAAAAUGUUGAGGUUAUACUAUGUGUGCACGACGUUGAAGGCAAUCCAGUGGAGAAAGCGAUAUUUCCUGGGGCUGGAUAUGAUGGUAUCACAGUGUACAAGUCUGUCAUCUUCUACCAGGUGAAGCAGCCUUGUUGGAAUGAAACAGUCAAGGUUACAAUUCCCAUUGAAGACGUUUGCCGCUGUCACCUGAGGGUGAUGUUCCGACACAGAUCUUCCCAGGACUCUCGGGACAAAUCGGAGAAGCCCUUCGGUAUGGCCUUCGUCCGCCUCAUGAGAGAAGAUGGGACCACGCUGAAAGACGGAAGGCAUGAACUUAUCGUCUACAAGGUUGACGUGAAAAAGGCGGACGAUGCAAAGGUUUAUCUCUCCUUGCCAGCAACCUGGGCUGAAGUCGAGGAAAAGGAGAAGCAAACAGGGAAGCAGUUCCACCAUUCAGGAGUGAUUCCUGUGACUAAAGACAGCUUUCAGAUUGCCACGCUCACCUGCUCCACUAAACUCACUCAGAACGUGGAUUUACUCGGCCUCUUGAACUGGAGGUCUAACCCUGAAGCUCUGGAACAGAAUCUGCAGAGGCUAAUGGAGGUCGAAGGAGGGGAGAUCGUCAAAUUUCUCCAGGACACUCUGGAUGCCUUGUUCAACAUCAUGAUGGAGACCUCAGAGAAGGAAACCUAUGAUACCUUGGUGUUCAAUGCUUUGGUAUUUAUAAUCACACUCAUUGGCGACAUCAAAUUCCAGCACUUCAACCCAGUCCUGGAAACGUACAUCAACAAGCACUUCAGUGCCACUUUGGCUUACAUGAAGCUAACCAGGGUCCUCAACUACUAUGUGGGCCACGCCGAGGAGCCCGUCCUGAAUGAGAGGCUCUAUGCAGCACUCAAAGCUCUCAAAUACCUGUUCAGGUUUAUCGUACAGUCCCGGGUCCUCUAUCUCAGAUUCUAUGGGAACAGUGAGGAUGGGGACGCAUUCUUCAACUCCAUUCGCACUCUGUUCCUUUCUUUCAACACACUCAUGGACAGACCGCUGGAUGAGGGAGUGAAGAUUAAGGGAGCGAUAUUGAAAUACCUCCCCAGCAUCAUUAAUGACAUCCAGACUGUGUUUGAUCCCGUGGAGCUCAGCGUUCUCUUAGCAAAGUUCAUUGAGAGCAUUCCUGACUCUCAGCUCGUGCGUCAGAAGCUGGGCUGCAUGUGUAAAAUGGUGGAGAGUGACCUUUUCAGACAGCCAGACUGUCGAGACGUGCUGCUGCCACUUGUUACUGACCAGCUGAGUGGGCAGCUGGAUGACCACUCGUGUAAACCUGACCAUGAGGCCUGCGUUCACCUCCUCAGCACCGUGUUGGACAACCUUGACCACAAGGACGUGGGUCCCACCCGAGGACACGUUCAGCUGAUAAUGGAGCGGCUUCUUCGCAGGGUUAAUCGCACUGUCAUCAGCAUGGACAGAUCCUCCCUGCUCAUUGGCCACUACCUCGCAUGCAUGACGGCUAUCCUGAAGCAAAUGGAUAACAUGCAUUACGCCCACCACAUAGGCACCUUCAAGACCAGACAAGACAUCAUUGACUUCCUCAUGGAGACAUUCAUCAUGUUUAAGGACCUCAUGGGAAACGUCUUCCCCGCAGACUGGAUGAUCAUGAACCUGGUGCAGAUGCAGGUCUUCCUCAGGGCGAUCAACCAGUACUCAGACGUCCUCAACAUGUACUUCUUAGACCAGGCACACUUUGAACUGCAGCUGUGGAAUAACUACUUUCAUUUGACGGUGGCGUUCCUCACCCACACAACACUGCAGCUGGAAUCGUUCUCUCAAGAGAAACGAAAUAAGAUACUGAACAAAUAUGGAGACAUGAGGAAGACUAUUGGAUUCAAGAUCAGAGACAUGUGGUACAAUCUGGGCCCACACAAAAUGAAGUUCAUCCCGGCCAUGGUCGGCCCCAUUCUGGAGGUCACACUGGUGCCCGAGCCCGAGCUGAGGAAAGCCACCAUCCCAAUCUUUUUCGAUAUGAUGCAGUGCGAGCAUAACUUCAGCCCCGGUCGCACCUUUGAAACUUUUGAGAACGAACUGAUAACAAAAUUGGAUCAAGAGGUAGAAGGCGGUCGAGGGGAUGAGCAGUACAAAGUCCUUCUGGAGAAAACUUUGCUGGAGCACUGCAGACGCCACAGAUACCUGUCUCAGUCAGGAGAGGAGCUGGCUCUGCUGCUGAGCAGUCUGCUGAAGAAUCUCCUGGCGUACCGCACCAUCACACAUGAUGAAAGUCCUGAGCAUCGCAUGAGCUGCACCGUCAACGUGCUGAAUUUCUAUAAAGAGAAAAAAAGGGAGGACAUUUACAUCCGGUACUUGUACAAGCUGCGAGAUUUGCAUCUGGACUGUGAGAACUACACAGAGGCUGCCUACACCCUGCUGCUACAUGCUGAAUUACUGGAGUGGUCUGACAAACCCUGUGCACCUCAUCUCAUACCCAGAGAUGGGGGGCAUGUGUGGACCCAACAAGAGCUGAAAGAGAGGCUCUUCCAGGAGAUCAUUUGCUACUUGGACAAGGGCAAAAUGUGGGAGAAAGCCAUUGAGCUGGGGAAACAGCUCGCCAAGAUGCACGAGAGCCACAUGUUUGACUUCAUGGAGCUGAGCCAGCUGCUAAAAAAACAAGCCAAGUUUUAUGAACAUAUCAUGCAUGCAAUGAGGCCACAGCCGGAGUACUUUGCUGUAGGUUAUUACGGCCUUGGAUUCCCCUCGUUCCUCAGGAACAAGAUGUUCAUCUAUCGAGGCAAAGAGUACGAGUGGCUUGAAGACUUCACCUUAAAGCUGCUCUCUCAGUUCCCGAAUGCAUCACGGAUGACCAGCACAGCGCCCCCUGGAGACAACAUCAGCAACUCCACUGGACAGUACAUCCAGAGCUUUACAGUCAAGCCUGUUCUGACUGUGCCGCAGCAGUUUAAAGACAAGGGGGUUCCAGAGCAGAUAUUAAACUAUUACAGAACCAAUGAAGUGGACCAGUUCCAGUAUUCCCGGCCCUUCAGGAAAGGUGAAAAGGACCCAGACAAUGAAUUUGCAACCAUGUGGAUCGAGAGAACAACAUACAUCACAGCGUAUCACUUUCCCGGGAUUCUGAAAUGGUUUGAAGUCAAAUCUGUUUCUGUGAAAGAGAUCAGUCCUUUGGAGAACGCUGUCGAGACGAUGGAGAUGGCCAAUGAAAAGCUGAGUAACCUUGUGCAGCAGCAAGCCAAUGACAGCUCCCUGUCCAUCAACCCACUGUCCAUGAUGCUUAGCGGCAUCGUUGACCCUGCUGUCAUGGGCGGCUUCUCCAACUACGAGAAGGCAUUCUUUACAGACACCUACAUCCAAGAGCACCCAGAGGACCAUGAGCGCAUAGAAGUCCUUAAACAGCUCAUCGCCCUGCAGAUCCCUCUCUUGGCAGAUGGGAUUCGCAUCCACGGGGAGAAGACGACGGAGCAGCUGAAGCCCUUACACAACCGUAUGGUCACCUGUUUCCAAGACCUGCGGGAGAAAGUGGAGAAGCAUUAUGGCGUCAUAACCUUGCCCUGCUCUCUCACUGAGAAGAAGAAGAGUCGCGUGGGCUCCGUCGUGAUGCCCUACAUCCUGUCCUCCACCCUGCGUCGCAUGUCCACCGUCUCAACCCUCUCAAAUGCCUCCUCAGGCCUCUCCAGCGGCUCUGCGUCUUCAGACGGACCCUCCUGCAUUUCCUCCCACGAUUCCUUGUUGUCCUGUCCCAGUGAUCGCAGGGCCUCCGUCCUGUCCCGUUCGGAGGAAGACAACAGGAUUGCUCGAAAGAACAGGAAGGAAUGGAGUGUGAGCAAAUCCCAGGUCCUGCUGGAGAGGCAGUCAGAUGUCGAUGUGACUCCCCCAGAGAAGCAGCAGAGGCCCAAGAGUUUACAACUAGGAGACCGGCGGCUCACCCUCUCCUUGUUCCAGGGUGUUUCCUCCCAUCUCAGCCUGUCUAAUCCUCUGAGCCCGCUACCUGCCUCUCCACACACACCACGCACACCACGCAGCUCCAGUUAUUCAUCACUUCUCAGUGACAAUGAUGUCAAUACCAUUGACACCCCAGGGACCCCCCCACCCAUGCCUCCGAAGAAGCACCCUCAUGAGACUGACAGCCCAGGCUUCUCUUCAGAGUUCACUCCUCCUUUACCGAUGAAAAUUGAGAGCAAGCCUCCGCCACCGCCUCCAAAAACCCGAAAGUCAAUGUUCCCCUCAUACGAGCACCCGCCCCACUAAGGCUGCACCCUUCAUGCGGGCCUUAAGGUUGAACUCAUUCUUGUGGCACUACUGUGAGUACGGAUGCAGGGCCAUCUGCGUGGGAUGUGUGCAACAUGUUCCAUUUUUAAAAAGUCACUAAUCAUUUCAAGCAGUCCUGUGUUAUCAAUAAUUUGUCUUGUAUUGAAGCCGCAAGUAAGAGUGCAUGUGAUGUUUCUGUUGUUAGAGGGUACUACUGUGCAGAAAUGAUAGAUGAGUCAGUACACACAAGGUCGCUGCAGCCUUGAAUUUAGUGUGCCUUUAUUCAGAUAUAAUGAAACAGUGAUUAUGUGCGUCUUUUUUUUUUGUACUGACUUUAUCACUCGCAGGGAAAAAGAAUGACCAAUGCUGCAAUGUUAUUUUUAGCUUUGAUUUGACGGAGUGACACUGGAUGACUUGUUUCCCAUUAGCUGUUUACCGGCAUUCCAAACCGACCUUUCCAUACAGGAAAAAAAAAGCUGCAUUAGAUACGUGACAAACUUGAUAUAGAGCAGGGAAUACAAUGUACAGAAUGUAACUGUUAGUUUUGUGUGUGUCUGAUGAUGGUGUUCAGUUGUACAAUGAUCAAACCAAUUUUUAACUCAACAGAUUUUAAGAGACACUGGAUGGCAUUGAUGAAUGUGUAGCACAUAAUGCAUUUUUUAUAUAACUUUAUAAUGAGCUUAGUACUGUCAAUGAUGCUUCCAAACUCCAUUGUAUUGAUAAAGGUCCGCAGUUAAGCACGUUAUUUCUUAAAGGAACAGUUCAACAUUUUGAGAAGUAUGCCGUUCUGCAGAAGUUUACGUGAGAUGGUUGAAACAGCUCUCAUGUCUGCAUGGUCAACAAACAUGUAGCCCAGCUGUGUCAAAGGAAACAACGUCUGCCUCCCAGCACUGAGGUGCACUAAUUAACCAUUUUUAUCUUUUGUCAUUCAAAUGGUCAAAAUAUGUGUAAUAAUUACAGCUUGUGGGGGUUUGUGCAGUUGUCAGGCAACCACUAAAGAUAACAAAUGAAUGCUCAUGACCAAAAAGGCCACAACUAGUCUUUUUUUUAAGGUGAUUUAAAAUUAAAAAUGUGUUGUAAUGUGUUUAUAAUGAGCUUUAGACAUAAUGGCCGUUUAAUUUGGUUGCCUUGCUAGCUGUUUCCCCCUGUUGUCUUAUACAAAGAUAAGCCAACAGGUUUCUAGCUGCAGCUUCAUUAUCCACAGACAUGAGAGAUGUGUUUAUCUCCCCUUCAACUAUAACCAUGAAAUUAAGGAAACCUAAAGUUUCAGACUGUUCCUUUAAAGAAGCCUGAGCGCUGUACGGUACAAGCAUGAAUGCUUUUGAAGUUGACUUAAAUUCUUAUAUUUCAGGUGUUGGUAGAUCUAGGUCUCUUUUUUUUUUACCAGUUAAUCAAUGGAAUUUAAAUUAUUUUCAUUCAAUGAAUAUUUCCACUGUUUUGCACACCAGUUGUGUACAGAGAUUGUUUACUUUUAUGCAGAAAAAUCUAAUUUCCACUUGCUUACCUUUUUUUAUUAGAAAAAGCAAUACAGUAUAAGUGCCUUCAGAGUGCUGAAUCUAUAUAUGUAAGCUGUUUGAAUAGGAUCAAAAUGAGAUGCUGAUUAAGGCGUCUGUGUAAAUUGUUUUAAAGGGAUUCAUUUUUUAUAGUAAACUUUUCCUAACAAGCAUCAAAGAAAUCUUCUACAAACAUUGCCUCAAGAGAUAUAUAAUGAUCUUUUUUUAUGAACAAGCUGUUGUUGACUGAACACAAAUAAAAACUUUAUGAAAGAGCC